GUUUACAUUACCAACUUCCACGUUCGGAUGGACACACUGGCCCACGUACUGUACUAUCCGAUGAAACCUUUGGUUACCACCCGUUCCAUGGAAUAUUUGCGUUUCAGAGAAUUGCCAGCCGGCAUCAAUUCAAUUGUAGCCAUUCUCUGUUAUACCGGUUACAACCAGGAAGAUUCUGUCAUUUUGAAUGCCUCCGCUGUCGAAAGAGGAUAUUUCCGCUCUGUGUUUUACCGUUCUUACAAAGAUUCGGAAAACAAACGUAUCGGUGAUCAAGAAGAAAACUUUGAGAAGCCCAACCGACAAACCUGCCAGGGUAUGCGUAAUGCCCAUUAUGACAAAUUGGAUGAUGAUGGUAUUAUUGCCCCAGGCAUUCGUGUAUCCGGUGAUGAUGUCGUCAUUGGAAAAACUAUGACUUUACCCGAAAAUGAUGAUGAACUUGAUAGCACAACAAAACGUUUCACCAAACGAGAUGCUUCGACGUUUUUGCGUAAUUCUGAAACUGGUAUUGUGGAUCAAGUCAUGUUGACGUUGAACAGCGAAGGCUACAAGUUUUGUAAGAUUCGUGUCAGAUCGGUGCGUAUUCCCCAGAUUGGUGAUAAAUUCGCCUCUCGUCACGGUCAAAAGGGUACCUGUGGUAUUCAGUAUCGUCAAGAGGAUAUGCCCUUCACAUGCGAAGGUUUGGCUCCCGACAUUAUUAUUAACCCUCACGCCAUUCCAUCUCGUAUGACAAUUGGCCAUUUAAUUGAGUGUUUACAAGGCAAAUUGGGUUCGAAUAAGGGCGAAAUUGGUGAUGCUACACCAUUCAACGAUGCUGUAAACGUACAAAAGAUUUCCACCUUCCUGCAGGAGUACGGCUAUCAUUUGCGUGGCAAUGAGGUUAUGUACAACGGUCAUACAGGUCGCAAAAUUAACGCUCAAGUCUUUUUGGGUCCCACUUACUAUCAACGUCUUAAGCACAUGGUGGACGAUAAAAUUCACUCUCGAGCCAGAGGUCCAGUACAGAUUUUGGUGCGACAACCUAUGGAAGGCAGAGCUCGUGAUGGUGGUCUACGUUUCGGUGAGAUGGAACGUGAUUGUCAGAUAUCUCACGGUGCUGCACAAUUUUUGCGCGAACGUCUAUUCGAAGUCUCCGAUCCAUAUCGUAUUCAUGUGUGCAAUUUCUGCGGGCUAAUUGCCAUUGCUAAUCUGCGUAAUAACACCUUUGAAUGUAAGGGUUGCAAGAAUAAAACACAAAUCUCGCAAGUUCGUUUGCCGUAUGCAGCUAAGUUAUUGUUCCAAGAACUAAUGUCUAUGAAUAUUGCACCACGUUUGAUGGUAUUUUAAGAG